CUGUUUUACUUCUAAAAAGUUUAAAGGUCCUUUCCAGUACAAAAACUUUAACUUAAGGAUAUGAUCCUACGCUGUUUUAAAGUUAAUGAACCAAUCUAGACGUUUCAAUUUAAAUCCGUGUAGAAUGUUUGCAUACGUCUUGGUUAAAAUAUUUAUUUCAAAGUCAUUUUUACUUUGAUACAGUUUAUUAGUCCGUCAGUGUACGUUAAAAAUACCGUGGGGAUGAUUUAAGAAAACAAGUGAGACAAUUUAAUAAACAUUGGAAUGUACAAGAUUUAACUAAAAAAAGUGUACAUCAGUGUCCUAAAAUAAAUCUUGGUUACUUGUUACCAGGCCACAAAAACUUUAAAAAAUGGAACGUUUUAUUCGUUAUUUUGGCGCGAAAAGUUUGUUGUUGUCACUGUCAGUUUUAGUUUUUAAUUUUCACCUUUGUCACAUAAAUGUUAGCAAAAGUCGAUAGAAAACUUAACAGGUGCUUGGUUAACUACGAUUUUUAUCACGCUAUUUAUUUCAAAAAUGAUUUCAUGAUAUUUAUCUCUUCCACGGAGGAUAUAAAAUGUUCGUGGAAGAUAUCAAAAAUGAUUUCUACAAUUUACUUCUUGGAAAUCGUGUCUUAUUGCUAGUUCAUUAUGAUGUGGAUGCAGUUUGUGCGUGUAAAAUACUACAGGAUUUGUUUAAAUGUGAUAAUAUCUCCUACACAUUAGUGCCAGUUGGUGGUAUUUCCGAAUUAAAGACUGCGUAUGACGAAAAUAAUGAAGAGAUCAAGUAUGUGGUCCUAGUGAACUGUGGUGGGACUAUAGAUCUUGUUGAUAUACUUCAACCAGAAGAAGAUGUUGUGUUUUUUGUAUUAGACUCCCAUAAACCUACUGAUAUUUGCAAUGUUUAUAGUGAUGGACAGGUGCGGUUAGUUUACAAAGAUGAUGAAGAAAACAUUCCAAAUUUUGAUGACAUUUUCAGAGAAGAUGAAGAUGAAGAUGUGCCUGAUGAAAACCUUCAGGGAGCAGAGAGACUAGAGGCGGUAGUGGAACGUCGAAGAGAGAGAAAGGCAUGGGAAGAGAAGAGACAUACUCUUAUGUUUAAUUACACACAAUUCUCCUACUACGGGAAACCUAGCGCAUGUAUAGCCUUAGAGCUGGCAGUGCGAGCGUCACGAUGUAAUGCAUCGGCCUUAUGGGCGGGCGCGGUCGGUUGCGCUACCCAUUCGGCUCUACAUCUAAGACCACCCGCACAGUGUUUGCUUGACGCCGAACCUCUGAACCGCUGUUUGCAUUCCCAAAGACAUAGUACGACAGCACAUGUAGUCGUAGAAAAAGACGCGUGGCUCCCUUUAUACCGUUGGUGGUCAGUGGAAGGAGCUUUAAGUCAUGCUUCGUGCUUUGCCCCUAAGUUAAAGUUACAUGCUAGUUCAGGAGCCAGUCGCUUAAGACAGUUAUUAGCCGAUAUGGGGUUUCCCCUCCAGCAAGCUCGCCAAGCCUACCGUUCUAUGGACGUGGAACUUCGUCGCUGUCUUCUAACAGCUCUGGAGACAGCUGCGCCUAAGCACAAGUUACCCGUCCCUACUCGUGCCACCUUCUUACUACAGAAGCCCCAUGCCCAACCAUUGGCAGCAUUGGACACUGUGUAUGCUAUCAUGGCCUUAAUAGAACACGAGACAAUACCUAGAGCAGAAGGCUUUCAAAAGGCUCUGUCAGUCCUUCAAGUCAGUGGAGAGAAUGAAUCUCUGAAGCAAGGCGUAUCAGCUGCGAGAAAGGCCUUGGAGGCUGUGGCCCGACUAGCUCAUUCCAUACUUUCAUCUCGAGGACUGCUAUUGGCUGGACCUUUCAAUUACUUUAUAGUUCAAGAGGGUACUUCAGAAUCUGCGAUGGUCAAGGGUCCACUAUGGCUGGGUGAAGCAGCUAGAUGGAUUGCAUCAGCUACAAGCGGAUCUAGACCAUUAGUGGCAAGUUCCCCUCUGCCAAAUGGGCAGUGUCUGCUUCUUGGACUACCCCCAAGAUAUGAUGAGGAGCCACAUAACUUAUUUGGUGCAGCUUUUGAACAAGCAGCGCAGAAGAGUGGGGCCACCGUUAUCUUAGACUAUGUUGACACUUCUAUUCUUGUACUACCUGUGAGUCAAAGGACACAGUUUCUCGAUGCCCUUACCGCGUUACUUGCCUAGGGAACAUACAUAGUGCAGUGCAAAACUGUUUACAGAUAAGAUUGUGGUUAGUGGAACUUUGUGUUAAAUUAUACAAGCAACUAUAGUUUUAUACAAAUUUCAUUUUACACAAGACUCGAAUUUGUAUAUAAAUGGUCAUGUGACCAGCAGUGAGGAAUGAACCAGUGUCAUUCCCAUACAGUUUAAUAUGCUGCUGCAAAUACAUUAGUUUCAUUCGCCUCAUUAACAUUGUAGUAUUUUUAUAAUAGACAAUUUUACUGGCUAAUAUACAAAUCUAAGUUGCUGUCAUGUAAAUUCAAAAAUUUGAUGACCUCCAUUUUGGUAUUUUCUCGCUGUACUAUAAUUUGACCCACCUGGAAUAUAAUAUUCUGUAUGUAUUUUUUAUCCAUGCAAGUAACCAUAGCAAUAAAACAUCACAUUGUUUUAAGAUAAAAACAAGUUGGAAGAGUAGCUUAAAAGUAUUUUGUAAUGCACAAACUUUGUUACCGUAAAAUCCACCAGAAUGGAAAAAAUUAAGUUACUUAUAACUUUAGAAUUUGUGAAAAAGCAUUUUUUAUGUUUGGUAUUAAUCCAUUGUAUUCCAAUAUUGCAUAUUUUAAAUUGUAAAUGAUUAGUAGAAUCCAGAAUAAUAUUUGUUAAGUAGAAUUGACAUUGUAAAUAAUUAUUGAGUGGUAUGUUUAAAAUGGACUGAAUGUUUCAAUUAUCUUGUGGAAUUGUUAUUUAUUUUUAAUGUGUAAUUUUAAGGAAAUGUGAUUAAAUUUGUAUUAAACCUC